AUGCUCGGAUUAAAGAGUUUGGUCUGGACGACCCUUGCGGCGUCGGCCGUUGCGACGCAGGCUUUGGACCUUGGAAGUGGGUUUAGUCUUGGUGUUGACCAGGAUGCCAACCAUCUGGCUGUUACUGGUCAAAAUCGGACCAUCUGGGAGACUGUGCCUGGCGCGGCAUUUUUGAGCGCCAGCGCGGGACUGGAUGAGAUUAUUGAUGACAGUGGUAACUUUAAGAUCACCGAUGUUGAUACCAACAAGUGCACAUCUGAGCGUAUCACUCAGGUCACCCAGCGCGCGUGGAAGGGAAGUGUCAACAGUCACGCUGCAGUCGUGCAGGGCUCCCUCUCAGGUUGUGGAAACGCCACCGCUGGAUUCUCCUUGACUCUCUAUGUCCCCCUGGAGUUUCCUGACCGGGUUGCUUUCAGCAUUAAGGUCAAUCCCAGCGCCGACGGUGCUUUGACCAAGCUGUUCUUCACCUACCGCUCAUCGCCAUCUGAGGACUUCUACGGUCUCGGUGGUCAGGCCUCAUUUGCUUCGCUGAAGAACCAGUCUGUGCCGAUCUUCUCCCGUGAGGGUGGUGUUGGCCGUGGUGACAAGCCUACUACCGAGCUUGAGGAUGCAGAGAGCUUCUUCUCUGGAGGUGACAAGCACACCACCUACUCCGCCACUCCCCAGUAUAUCAGCUCCGAGGCGCGCGUGUUCCACCUGACCCAGGAGAGCACCGCCUAUGCGAACUUCGACUUCCGCAAUGCCAGCUCCGUUACUGUGCGGUAUGCCGCGCUGAGCGUGGAUGGUUACUUCAUGCAGGCAGGCAACAUGCUCGACAGUAUUACCAUGCUUACUGAGUACACUGGUCGCAUGCCGGAGCUGCCCAAGUGGGCUGAUAGUGGUGCCAUCCUUGGUAUCCAGGGUGGUCAGACCAAGGUCAACAGCAUCGUCAACUACGGAUUGAACCACUCGUGUCCCAUUGCCGGAGUGUGGCUUCAGGAUUGGGUUGGCACCCACAGUCAAACCGCAUCUUACCUGAAUGGUUUGACUAUUUCUCGUCUGUGGUGGAACUGGGAAGCUGAUUCCAAACUCUACCCUACCUGGAACAAGUUCGUGCAGAACCUGCGCGACGAGCACAAUGUACGCACUCUGUCGUACAUCAACCCAUUCAUUGCCAAUGUCAGCACUAAGCCUGACGGAUACCGCCGUAACCUCUACCUCGAGGCAACCGAGGGUGGCUUCUUGAUUCAAAACUCCACUACCAACAGCACUGCCGUCAUCUCCAGUGGUCCCGGCAUUGAGGCUGGAAUUGUGGAUCUCACCAACCCUGCUGCCUGGGCCUGGUUCCAGGAAGUCCUCACUGACCAGGUUUGGAGCGCCAAUGUCUCCGGAUACAUGUGUGAUUUCGGAGAGUACACCCCGGUCACCUCGGACACCAAGUUCGGAAACAAGAAGAUUGAUGCCCGAUUCUACCACAACCAGUACCCUCGCGACUGGUCCGUCGUGAACAAUCAGCUCCGCAACAAUGUGUCCGCCGUCGCUGAUGCGCUCAUCUUCCACCGCUCCUCAUCCAUGUCUUCCAACCGCAACAUGAACCUCUACUGGGUCGGCGACCAGAACACCAACUGGGGCGUCAACGACGGAAUCAAAUCCGCCGUUACGGUCCUCGGCCACAUGGGUCUCUCCGGCUACGCCCACGGCCACGUGGAGAUUGGUGGCUACACAACAACCUGGGACAGCAACGGCAUUGUGAACCGCUCUGCCGAACUUCUCGGUCGCUGGGGGGAGCUAUCCGCCGUUUCCAGCGCUGUCUUCCGCUCCCACGAGGGUAACGUCCCCACGGUGAACGCCCAGUUCUACACCAACGCCUCGACCUACGCAUACUACGCGUACAACGCCCGUAUGUUCGCCAGUCUUGGUCCUUACCGUCGCGCAAUCCUCGAUACCGAGAGCAAGCACCUUGGCUGGCCUCUUGUUCGCAUGCCGGUCAUCUACCACCCCAACGAUAUCAAGGCUAAGCAGAUCAGCUUCGAGAGCUAUUUCCUCGGUGCUGACUUGUAUGUCGCUCCUGUUCUGGAUGCUGGACGCAAGAGCGUCAGCGUUUACUUCCCUGGUCAGGGUGAGACGUACAAGCAUGUUUGGACUGGGAAGACUUACCAGGGUGGCCAGACUGCUACCGUCCCUGCUCCAUACGGCAAGCCUGCUGUUUUCGUUGUGGGUCAGCCUAAGCACAAGCAUCUCGAAAGCUUCUUCGACUUUGUUCGUAAGGAGAACUCGACUGUGAUUCAUGUAUAA